UCAACUUUGUGUCCAAGGUCUUCAACCUCUACUUCUUCCAGAAAUUACAAGAGCAAGGCAUGGGGUUGACCGGAUUGUACUGGCCGAACUGACCCAACUCUACAUGACUGUGAAGCUUGAAUGCCCUUUCUAUGAGGGCCCAAGGCUCCUUCCUAUGUACCGUGUCAAGUUUGUCCUCACUCCUGGUCGGUCUCUGGAGAUGCCGGUUGACGGACACCUCUACAACUAUGUGAAAACUGGACUAGUGGAUCUACUAGGGGCCCGUGCUUACUUCACUUCCAGAGUUCUCACUCCAUACUGCUACACACUCGAUUUGGAAAUAAAGCUGGAUGAGGAUGGAUAUGUAUUGCCUGCCAGUGACAUCGACGAUAUCUUCAAGAGGAUAGCCACAAUAGGUUUACUGUGAACACAAGACAGCUGCUGGGAAAAGAGGCCAUGAGGCUUCUGGGAUAUGAAGUUGUUCAGGUCGGAAAUGCAUGCCGCAACCCUCAAUACCCCAUGAUUUGAUCUUUUUGAGUGUUCUGUCUGCUGUAAAUUCUGAUUUCAGCCCCUUUGCUCGUGUUCUGCCUGUCUCUAGGCAUCUACUCUUUCAAAAAAAGAGCAUUUAUUUGGAUCUACUCUUUGCUCUCAGUGCUCCAUCUGUAACUAAUAGAAGUCUGUGUUUGUAGAUUUCUUACUAUGAAUUUGAGAAGCUUCGGAACUAGACCGAGGUUGUUGAACAUCUUCCCCCUCAGCUAUAGUCUCAAAUAAGGCCUUUGUUGCUGUCAUACAACUAUAACACUGUACACUAUACAGUUUGGGCACUGUUUUUGUCAUCUCAAAGUGCCACAUUGUCCAACAUUUCUACCUGAAGAGAAAGCAUAAAGAAAUAAUGUAUUUAUAUCUUUUGAGUAAUUGUAAUUCUACACACUACUAGUGUUCUAUUGUAGGGUGAUAUUACUUAUUUAGUCUUCUCUACUUUAAUCCACCAUGAUGGACCACCACAAUUUGAAAUAUAUAAUACAUGUAUAUUUAUUGGUAGUUGGCAAUACAGCGCUGCAGUAGAAAGUUAGAACAUCUAAAUACCAAGAAUCACCUUGGAGGGGGAAAAAAGUACAUACAAAGAACAAUAAUUUUGAACAUAGCCAAGCAUCACUAUCGAUUUUUUAUUUAUAUUUUUGACAUUAUCAGUUAUUCAAUCAAGGUAACCUAAUUAAGGCAAGUUGUUUUUCUCUGUCCACCACCAUGUAAUGCAUGUCAGUCGGAUAUACACUGAGUAUACAAAGCAGCCUCUUUCCAUGACAGACUGACCAGGUGAAUCCAGGUGAAAGCUAUGAUCCCUUAUUGAUCUGUGUAGAUGAAGGGGAGGAGACAGGUUGAAUAAU